CAUGGACACAAGUACAAGUUGAAAGCACCAAUUACUCCUAGUUCCAAGUUUAUCAAGGUGAAAGAUGACCACCCACUAUGGCAGUUUUUCCACAAUAAAAAGUACCAACGAUCUACAGGUGAACUCGAUCAAACAGGGAGACCAUGGACAGUGCCAGAACUACGAAGAAAGGAUUUCAAUGAUCUCCAUAGUUUAUGGUACACAUGUCUUAAAGAGAGGAAUAUCCUCGCGAGAGAGCAUUAUCUUUACAAGAACGAUUUCAGAUCCGAUGUUGAUCUAUUUGAAAAAGCAUCGGAGGAUAUCAGGACUACAAUGUGGAGAAUUCGAUAUGUUUUAGGGGAAAGACAAAAGCUUUUUGAGAAUGCCCAGGGCAAUUUUGAAUCUGGAAACAAAAAUAGUAAUGAUAAUGGAGAUAAAAAUAGUAGCUUUGUUGGGAAUGAAGAGGGUACUACAGAAUUGUACAAUCAACUAACCAGGUUGAAUGAAGCUUUAUUCGAUAUAAAGUCUAAUGUUUUUGAAAACUCAGCAAACGAAAAUUUAUUGGAGGGAAUCUUAUUCAAUGCCAAUUUUAAAUUGAAGAAAUUU